AUGGGCGGUCUCAUGUCUGACCCGAUACAGGGUAACUUACCAGAACACCUACAAAGAUGUGGGGCGCAUAUCAUUGGAAGAGACUCAACUCUGAAUAUGGUGACCCGCACGCUAGUCGCCCCAGGAAACAAAGCAUGCAUUGUCGGUCCCAGAGGCAUUGGAAAAUCCGAAACAGCUAAAGAAUGUGCAUAUCGUAUCCACGAUCUGUACCCGGAGAUCAUUAUCAUAUGGAUUCAGGGAUGCGACCAGUUAGCUGUACAAGCGACCUACGACAGAAUUUUCCGCGAGAAGACGGAACCACAAUAUGUAGAUCAUCAGGAAAUGACAUUACAAAACCUCGUGGAGAAACUCGACACAGGUUUUGACGGACGAUGGGUGCUGAUCAUCGACGACAUAGCUUCGCGAGCCAAUGGCCAACCGGUCUUACGGCGGCUUGCAUCAACGCCAAUCAUAAACGGAUCCAUACUGUUCACAAUGUGUAACAGGUAUGAUGCUGCCAUUCUGGUGAACGACAACUUUAUCUUCACGCUGGAUCCCAUGACAGUCGAAGAAGCCACGCAACUCCUCGGACUUGAGCUGGAAGGCGUAUUCCUACCGGACGAGGGAAUCAAUGAUUUGGUUCAACAUCUAGAGUUUGUUCCUUCAGCUAUCAUAAAGGCUGCAGGAUUCAUGAGAAUGUACAACCUAUCCACAGUUCAAUAUUUGGAAUAUCUCAGGCGACAAGAGGAUCAUGUCUCCAAUCUCCACUUGCAAAACAACUUAGGCCUUCCUGGCACAUGUGCCCUGAUAGGGACUGAUAUGCUAUCUGCUGUGUCGAUGAAGACCCUGUACGAGAAAGAUGGAGAUACAGGACAACUUCUAGCCAUUAUGGCUUGCCUCGGCAACACGCGGAUCCCGCUUACCUUAUUCGACGCAAGCUAUUGGCCGAGAGACCUCACAAGAUCUCUGAUAGUCUUGAGAGAUUCAUUCCUGAUUUCAGUUAGUGACAGCGAUGACACUAUCACCGUCCCCAGAUUGGUUCGUCUCAGUGUCCGAGCUUUCGUGCGUCGACAUCAAGCAUCUGCAAGAUUUGCAGCGCUUGCACUACAGCUCAUAUCGGAGAAAUUUCCGGAAACAGGGAAGCAGCACGCGAUGUUGAGAGAAUGCAGGCUUCUGCUACCGCAUGCAUUGACCAUUCUACAGGAAUAUGCAUCGCAAUGGACCACCUGCGAUGCUAAGCAUCGUCAAGCCCAAACCGGCGUCACCCCUUCCCAGCAACUAUCGCCAUGGGACUUCUUAGCACCACUUGCUUUGCGUGUGUCACACUUCCUCCGUAUAGUGGGACAAUAUGCAAAUGCAUUUCAACUCGCAGGGCAAGCGAUACAGUGGCUUUUCAACGGCUACAAUAUCCAUGCCUCCGCUGCAGAAGCUUUCUUAUGCGAAUCAAACAUUGCCACGAUUAGCCACUAUCUCGGACGCCCGAUUAUCUUUGCAUGUCGAGUUGAGCAGCUAUUCAGAUCUCAGACGGUCCUAUUGAAUUCCCAUAAACCGUUGACGAUACGAGCUCUGCGAAGUAAGGGGUUGGCAUUGCAAGCGCAAGGUCACCACGGGCAAGCCGAGGGAUAUCACCGAAGAGCUAUAGCCAUCUGCAACUCUAUCUACGGACCAAGACACGUCAAGCUGCUAGACGAGAAUCACGGCCUCGCUCUCUCCUUUCUCGGUCAAGGUCGCGCACAAGAGGCUCUGUGUACUCUCUAUGAAAUUUACACCGCCAUGGAGGCCUCACUUGGGCUGUCGAAUCCAAAGACCCUCUCCGUGCUUGCAAACAUCGGGUGCGCACUGCAGCAUUUGUCCCGCUGGACCGAAGCUUACGAAGUGAUGACACGCGCCUUGUCGGGUCGGAAAGCAGUUCUCGGCGAAGACCAUCCACACACGAUACAGAGUCGAGCAAACCUGGCGCAGAUCUACGUCGCAAACGAAGACAUGGCUGGCGCAGAAAAGAUCACGAGGGAGACACUUCGGAUACACGUGGCCAAGCUGGGCGAGGAUCACCACCUUUCACUGCACAUUCUGAAUAAUCUUGGUUAUCUGUUAUUGGGCCAAGAAAUCUACAGUGAGGCGGCUGAAACGUUGCAUACUGUAGCCACGAAGAGAGAAAUUGUGCUUGGAGCGCAACAUUGCGAUACUUUGGCCUCGAUGUUUUACGCAUCGGAGGCAUAUUGGAAGAUGUCGAGAUUCGACGAGGCAUUGUAUCUCGGUCACCGCUCACAAAGCCAUCAAGACAUCCGCUCGAACCUUGACCGAGCCUGUACUUACCCAGCACCCGAGUGCACGCGCGAUUGCGCCACUACCAUGCCUCCCACUAACGACGAUCCACAAGCCCUUCCCCUCAACGUAGGUCCACAUCCAACGCCAGCCAAAGACUUGCAUCACCACAAACCUAACUCCGAUCAGGAUGACGCACGAACCGAUCCUGACAUCAUUCACCGAGACCCUGCCUUGGAAAACCCACAUCCUCAAUUCGGUCAGCAUUCCCGCUAUUCCGCUCGAACAUACCUAACACUUGGCUGCGACAUAGUUAUCCUCUUCAUCAUCGCAACAGCAGUCAUGUACCUCUUCUUCCAAGUAGUCGAGUUUCUGAGUUACAACGAUGCAGAUGUGAACCCAAAAUACGGUAAGAAGGACUUCGCGUUUGUCUUGGCUGUUGUGUAUUUGGUCCUUGGGAGAUGAACAAGGGGUGCGCGGUGAUUUGGUAGAUAAAAACUUGGUGAUAGAUUCAGCGGUGUGG